GUGAGAAUUGCCUCAUUUGGGGGGACCCCUCUGAGGCGGGCGGUUGGGUGUCGGUGCGCGCGCGGUAAGCGGCCGUCGAGAGCCCGGUACCGAAGAACAGGAAAGAAACACGUUGCUGACAUGGACACGCCACCACAUCCCGUCAAACUUUACGUCUACGACCUUUCCCGGGGGCUGGCCCGACAGUUUAGCCCGAUCAUGCUCGGAAAACAACUUGAUGGAAUAUGGCACACUGCAAUAGUUGUCAACGGAGAGGAGUUCUUCUAUGGGUCGGGUGGAAUAGCUAAUUGUCAGCCAGGAGGGACUUUACUUGGGCCACCUGACUCUGUCAUUGAUCUGGGGACAACUGAAGUGACUGAGGAGUUAAUUAUGGAAUAUUUAUCCUCUCUAGGAGAGUCAGCAUUCAGGGGAGAGUGCUACAAAUUGUUUGAACAUAAUUGCAAUACAUUCAGUAACGAAGUUUCCCAAUUCCUCACUGGGAAGAAGAUUCCGUCGUAUAUCACUGACCUGCCUUCUGAGGUUUUAUCAACCCCUUUUGGCCAACUCAUUAAGCCCAUCCUGGACUCGGUUCAGAUUCAGCCAGUGGGAGGAAGCAGCUUCAAUGAUCAGAAUCCGAGUUAGUAGCUGCAGUCCAGAGAGCUGCUGACUGCAGGGACGUGUACAGUCACUGGCCUCACAGAACUAUACAAUGAUUUUCCAAAAAACAAAUCCCCUUCAAGCAUCUUUCAUCUCAUAUCUGACUUAACGUAGAACGUUAAAAAGUGGUAGAAAUGCUUUUUUAAAAUCCAUUUGAAACAUGCAUCUAAUACAGAUUGCACUGUAGAAUUCAGUGCUUCUAUCAGGUUGUUGUCAGCUCCCUUUUGUCAACUGUCUUUGAAUAAGCUGUAGCAAGCAGCAGUCAUGAGAGAUUGAUUCCUUGCUUCUUUCACAAUGUAUUUAGCCAGCCAGUACCCCUCCCACCCCCCCACCCUCCUCCUCCUCUUCUGAAAGAGGCCACCAGCAUGGAGACCUUAAAGGUGUUUCCGUCAUUGUUAUGCCAACAUCAUUGCCAAUGCAUUGACCAAUUCAAGGGGUAGUGUUUGCAGUGUUGUCAGGGUUUGUUUAGGGAUAGCUAUGUUGUAUGUGGGAAGGAAAGAUAUACUUGAGUCACCUUGCUUUUCAUAUCAUGCCAUGGUCUGAUGUGUGCACUUCAAAUUGCUGCCUGCCCUAACCCAACUUCAGAAUCCUCCCACAUUCGGGAGGAGAGGAUCUCGCCUGUUUUCACAGUCCAGUUCAACAUGGUGGGAGGAUUUCCCCUUGCUCAGCCUCCCAUUCUGCUUCGGCUGACACCAGCUUCCACGUCCCUUUUCUUUCUGGCACUUGGCACUCAGCUGUGGCUUUAAGUGUCAAUGAACCUUCUAGGGGCUGCACUCCGUUAGUAGCGUACUUCCCCAGGAGUAUCGUGUAUCUAUCAGCACUCGGCUGCAAUUGAAAGAGAUGUUGGUUCGUUUUUUUUUCUUUCACCUGAUCAAAUCAGUAGAUUAAACUUGAGCUGAAAUCA